AUGGUACUCGUUGAGGAUGUCACAAGUCAAAAUAACAAUACGGCAAGUAAUGAUCAGUCAGGACGACCGUCAAACCCAUCUUCACCGCCACCAACUUCUUCUGGCUCAACAAACAACAUCAUCAAUGUAUUGAUGGAACGUAAAAUCGAUAUUGUUCUUUUAUUAUCACGUUUAGCCACCAUAUUUUUUACGAUCUUCUAUGCUCUACCAAUAAGUCCUGGUGGUUCAAGUACCAAUGUAUAUUAUCAAAAAGCAUUAAUGAGUUCAGCAGUCACAUCAGCAUUACGUUUACGCCAGCGUACACCGUACUUUCAAUUUUCACGUGAUUUUUUUUUCAGUUUACUCCGAGAAGAUUCUGCUCAUUAUCUAAUGUAUUCAUUAUUAUUUCUUUCUGGUAGUCCAAUGACAAUUGUUCUAAUACCAAUAUCAUGUUAUGCUCUUCUACAUUCAUGUUCAUUUAUAUUAAAUAUUUUAACACAGUAUCCACGAGUUACACGUCUACUAUCAAAAGUAACGGAAAAACAUGUUACACUAUUACGCUUUGUGGCUUUAAAUGAAAUUUUGUUGAUGCCAAUUUUGCUUUUAUCAAUCUUUGUUGCACGUGCUAAUUUUUUGCUUAUAUUCAUGUAUUCUCGUUUCUUAACGUUAAGAUAUUCAUCACAACGUAAUCCGUAUACAAGACAAAUCUUUACCGAAUUAAGAAUCACUACCGAGCAACUUAUUCAUAAACCACAAUGUCCACAAAUCGUUCGACGUCUAUGUGAGAGUGUAAUUGGUUUUGUAUCAAGACUGGCACCUGCUGCAAGAUAA